AUGCCCGGACCUCUAAGCUCAGAUGCAUUCAAGUCUUACUGCGUCUACCAGAUUUAUCCUGCUAGUUUUGCUGACGCCAAUGGAGAUGGGAUUGGCGAUUUGGCAGGCAUAGAAUCCAAACUCGAAUAUAUCAAACGACUCGGUGCUGAUGUUGUAUGGCUGUCGCCCAUCUACCGUAGUCCGCAAAAGGAUAUGGGGUACGACAUCAGUGAUUACCAGGAUAUUGAUCCCACGUAUGGGACUCUGGAUGAUUGGGACUCACUGCUCAAAAAGACACACGAGCUAGGAAUGCGCCUUGUCAUGGACCUUGUUGUGAACCAUACAUCAGACCAGCAUGAAUGGUUCAAAGAAUCGAGGUCUUCCAAAUCGAACCCAAAGAGGGAUUGGUACAUAUGGCGCCCCCCGAAAUUCGAUGCUCAAGGAAAUAGGAAGCCCCCAAAUAACUGGGCAGGUUCGGCUUGGGAAUGGGAUGAUAGCACCCAGGAAUACUACCUCCAUCUCUUUGCCAUAGAGCAACCCGAUCUCAAUUGGGAAAAUCCAGAAGUGCGGCAAGCAGUAUGGAAGCUUAUGCGAUGGUGGAUGGACAAGGGGUGCGACGGAUUCCGAAUGGACGUUAUCAACAUGAUCUCAAAGGUCCCUGGGCUUCCGGAUGCACCGGUUACACAACCUGAUCGAGAGUAUCAAUCUGGAGCUAACUAUUUCUGCAACGGUCCACAUGUACACGAGUACAUACAAGAAAUGAAUCAGGAGGUCCUAUCACGAUAUCCAAACUAUUUCACCGUUGGAGAGUCGCCGCUCACACACGACCCAAGGGAUUUGUUACUCUACGUCCUCCCGGAACGCAAGGAACUCCAAAUGAUGUUCCAGUUCGAACUUGCGGAUGUUGAUGGCACAUACCAUCCACUCAUCCCACGCAACCCUCGCCUUUCAGAGAUCAAGUCCGUGAUAAACAAAUGGCAGACGUUCAUGUUUAACAAUGGAGGGUGGAAUUCGCUUUAUAUGGAGAACCACGACCAGGCCCGGUCGGUUUCAAGGUUGCUCGGGUUCGGUAUAUCGGACGACAAAAAAACCUUUGACUAUGACCUUUGCGAGGAAGACUUGAAGAAAUUUUGGGAAGCUGGAGCAAAGCUUCUUGCAAUCUUACAUACCACACAAGGAGAGGAAAUUGGAGCGACCAAUGUCCCAAGGGAAUGGGGUAUUGAGGAGUAUAAGGAUAUUGCAACUAUUAAUUUCUACAAUGAGGAGCUCCAACUUCGUAAAGGAGCUGGAACCGAUGAACCAAACAUGUCAGACAUUAUGGAUGGGAUUAAUCGCAAGGCACGAGAUAAUGCGCGUGUUCCGAUGCAGUGGGACGAUUCCGCGCAUGCGGGAUUCACCAGUGGAAAGCCAUGGAUGAGAGUGAAUGACAACUACAAGCAAAUCAAUGCAAAGAGCCAAAUUGAUGACGAACGUUCAAUCUUUUCGUUUUGGAAGAAGAUGAUAGCCGUGAGGAAAGAGUACCCUCUGCUUGUGCACGGUGACUUUAUUCUCCUUGCUCCAGAGGACGAGAAAAUUUUCGUAUAUACGCGCGAACAUAAUGGAGAGAAGGUUCUCGUCCUUAUGAACUUCAGUAGAGACGAAGUGGAUGUUACGCUACCCGAAUCUUUAGGUACCAAAGCCAGAUUCAUCGUUGGAAAUCUUGUUCGAGGGGAACCCAAGUUUGAGACCAGGACUAUGCUAAAGCCGUAUGAGGGACAAGUAUGGCUGUUGUCAUCUUAG